AACAAAGUAGAAUCGUACAACAACACUUUACAUCAUGUCGGAGCUACCCUUUAUAGAAGAUACUGUCCCUGCGAAGCAUAAACGAAGUAAAUAUAAACCCUCCACACCAUCCAAAGAAGCUACACCUGUGGAAAAUACCUCCAGCAUUGUAUCACUUUCGUUUGACCAGGUAAAUGAUGAUGCCAGUGAAUUGAUCGAAUUACGAGGAGAAGGAAGGUAUUUUGGAGUAACGGAUCCAGAUGAUGUCAACGCUCAACAAUCUCUUGGUCCCCUUUGCGCAAAUUGUCAUAAACGUGGUCAUAUUCGUGCAAAGUGCAAAACUGUUGUGUGUCACAAAUGUGGAAUUGUUGGUGAUCAUUAUGAAACACACUGCCCUACGACUUUAAUAUGUGCUAGAUGUGGUGAGAAGGGACACAUCGCAGCUAAUUGCAAAAGUAAAGUGAAGAAGAGAACGUACUGUCGUAACUGUGAUACCUUUAGUCAUGGUGAUGAGAACUGUCCCAGUAUUUGGAGAUCCUACUUAACCAAACCAAAUAAUGAUCAAUCGGAUGAGGAAAGUUUGGUUUUACCUGUCACUGCUUGUUACAAUUGUGGAAGCAGUGAUCAUUAUGGAGAUGAGUGCCCAGAACCUAGAUCAUCACGUGUGCCUAACCUUGGUACUGCGUUUAGUGGUAGCAAUUUACCUAGGAAAUUCAGACCCUUAUACUUUUUGAGACUAAAGAAAGGAAACAAUGGUAAUUCAAGAUACAAUCCCGAAAGCUCAGUACGGGAUUAUCAUUCUUAUUACGAUAAAUCACAAGAUUUUUAUAGGGGACAACAGAAUCUGUUUGGGAAUAGAAAUCAAGGGUUUGGAAAUGUACAAUUUAACUCAUAUGGUAACCGCUCAGGUGCUGGAAAAUUUCCUCCUAGAAGUAAUACAGGAUCUAAGUCAGGAUAUUUGCCGAGAAAUGGACAUGGAAAUGAUUAUCACAGCAGGAGCGAUAAUAGAAACAACCCAACAAGAAGUGGUUUCAUUCAAAAGAGUAAUAGUCGAAAUUUUGAUUCUGGAAAUAGAAAUGGUGGUGGUGCAAGGCCAACUAGAUCUGGGUUGAUUGAAAGUUCCAAGGCUAAUAGUAAGAAAAAGAAGAAUAAAAUUAUGAAAUAUUAGAGUUUAUAGAGUAUAUGUUAAUGCGUAUUAAUAUU